AUGAACACGUUUAGUUUGCUAACACUGACUUUGAUAUUGCUGCUAUCGUUGAACACUUCCGAUGCUGUCGGACCAGCUAACACGGCGAUUCACACCGGAGAAGGAGUCUAUUUGUCAUUUGAGGAGACGGUGUCGAAGCUAACCUCAUUGUUCGGGGCACCCGAGUCAGUCAUCAGCCGCAGGUAUCGCUGCCUACAGAUCUCGAAGCAGCCUGGAGAGGACUAUGUCACGUACGCUUGCCGGAUAAAUAAGUCGUGCGUGGAGUUCGAACUUACGAAGCUGUCGGAAGAACAGUUUAAAUGUCUGGUUUUCGUCUGCGGGCUUAAGUCGGAGCGGGAUGCGGAAGUUCGAACCAGGCUUUUGACGCGUAUCGAAGAGAAGUGUGAUUUGACGUUGGAGCAGUUGUCGGAGGAGUGCCAGCGCUUGCUGAAUUUGAGGCACGACGCAGCAAUGAUCGAGGAUCAGACUGGCUGUGUAAAAGCGCUGAAAUCCAGACAGCAUCCUGGAAGGUUCCCAGCACGUCAGCCGAAGCAGAGCUCGAAGGACGGCUUUGAUUCCAGAAGCAACGUGAGUGGGCCCAAAUCAGCUUGUUGGCUCUGUGGUGCUAAUCACUAUGCCAGGGAUCGUUCGUUUAAGAACCACAAAUGCAGUGAUUGUGGUACGUUCGGCCAUAAGGAGGGUUACUGCCACAGUGCUGGGAAAGCGAAGUUCAGGAGGUCCGAUCGACGAAAAGGAAACGCCGCUGCAAAGGUGGUGACGGUGAACGUCUGUAGUGCAACGAAGUGCAGGAAGUAUGUACCAGUGGAUAUCAACGAUUCGUCGGUUCGCCUGCAACUAGACACAGGGUCUGACAUUACCAACGUUUCAAUGGGAACGUGGCGCAUAAUCGGAAGCCAUUCUUGUGUGCGCCAACGAUCGUCGUAA